UCGAUAAAAAUUGGAAUUGUUUCAUUGUAUUUUUUUAUGUGAAAUUCAGUAUAAACGAACAUAUUUGUAUUAAAAAUUUAAUUCUUUAAUGGAAGGCGACAAUUGUAAUAUCCAAUAUAUGGAGCCGGUGGCGAGCAAUCUUACCACAAACAAUGAGUGCGACCCAAUGAAAGCAGAUUUACAACUACCAGAAAGCAAAGAGUUGAACGUCGCUCUUGUAAUCAACCCGAAGGCUGAUGAGUUCGAUAACCCACCAUGCUAUCUUCCACAACCGGGCGAUGAACUCCCUUCUAAGGAUUUACUUAAACCCAUGGGACCUGUAGGACCAUGGGCUACAGGAAAAGUGGAUUGGAGCCCCAUGGCUGGUCUAACGGGCACACGCCCAGUCGUAGACCGUUAUUCAAUAACCCGCUUUAGUCCUAAUGAAUGGCGCGCAAAGAAUAAAGAGACUUUACAAAAAACCAACGAUAUUUUCGAUAGAGCUAUUAAAAAUCAAUACAGCUCGAAAACAACCUUCAUGCGACUCACUAAUAUGGUGGAAAAGACCCAGGCGGAAACUACAAAAAAUUUAACGCAACGUGCUCAACUGGUGGGCAAAUGGAAGACUACGCUUGAGACUACUAUUAAAAAUAUGGCAGACGAAAUUAGCACUUUAGAGGAAGAACGUAUUCGUUUGAAAAAAUCUUUAGUUAUUUUAGGAGUUCCCGAAUCGAUAGCUAAGGAAUGCAUAGAGAAGCGAGCUGGACGUCCCGAUACGGAAUUAGUUAGAGAUACACCUGAGGAAGAACUCAUCAAUGAACUAGCUCUCAUAGCAGAGAUACGUCAACAACUGAAAAAAACUCUGGAAGAUUUUGAACAGCAACAGAUAGAAAAUCGUACAGCUCGACAACGUCUUGAAUAUGACUGGAGCGACAAACAAGAAGCCUACGAAAUCGAUACUAUUAAUGUGGGACUAAAUAACUUUUCAAAGACCAUUAUGUUCCGACCAGGCGCUGUACGUCAACCUCCUGAACAAGCAUCCGAGCAAUAUUGGGAGCAUUUCAGCAAGGAAACAUUGGAAGAUUGUGAGAAGUGCCGACAAAAGUCUGUUAAAUUACGACAAACACUAAAUUCUAUUUUGAUGAACGCCGCACGUGACAUACGCAAUCAAGCUGAUAUUGUAGAACGCGCAUUCAUAGCGCGUAUCAAUUGCACUCAAGAAAAUCUACAACGUUUUGAAAAUGAGUUGCGUGAUUGUCUUCAAAAGCUUGCUGAUACAGAAACACGUAUUGGGCAAUUGCAACGUGCAGUUCGUAGUUUUGAUUCUGCAAUGAAAGUUGCUCAGACUCGCAUGGAUAACCGAAGCUUCAGACCCAAUGUAGAGAGCUGUCGUGACUUUGCCCAACAGGACCUCAUCGACGAAGUGGCAAUAAUACAAAGUGGGGUCACAGCCAUGUUAUCUGAGUUGGACACUGCAGAAAAUAUUAAAAUUGAUUUAAUGCAAAGUCGUAGCACACUGGAACGAGAAAUAAUGUUGAAGCGACGAACCUUAUGGUUGGAUCGAGAUCGUUGUAUGUUGCUUCGUUCUCAUUAUCCGUCAGCUAGUGCUUUAAGUGGAUUCGCAACUAUGUAAUACGUCAUUGAAAUAUUUAACUUUACAACUUAUCAAACAUUUAAUCGAAAUACACUUAUCUUUCAUACACUCGCACAAA